GGUUAUGUCACAUCGUCAUUCAUUCAGUCUCUGUUUGAGUGAAGAUCCAUUUCAAUAUCACACAGCCAUGGAUCCACCAAAAAUUGACUGGAAACGAAUUUUUAAAAAUACCUUAACCUAUGGAUUGGCCUUGGAAGUAAUAGCAAUCGGAUCGGGAUAUUAUCUGUAUCGAGAAUACAAAAAUAACCAAGAAUUUCGAGAUCGUGUUGAUGAUAAAUUCCCUAUGAUGGCCGAGCUGUACACGGCGGUGUCUGGGAUGUAUUUAAAAGCCAUGCCAAAACAACUGAAAGAUAAAAUAUUAGAAGAGAAAACCGAUGAACCAUCGAUAGCGAAACUAGCCGAAGUGCCGCCUGUUCAGAAAUAAGAAUUUGCUUUGGUUUAGUGUCAUAGAUGUAAAAAGACUCGUUUUGUUAUGUGAAUACAUGAUUUAUUUAUCUGUUAAAUGGUAAA